CGGAGCCGUGCGGGCAAGGCGGGAGCGGCCCGGUCCUCCACGCUCCCAGCAUGCCCCGCUCUCCCGCCCGCCUCUACGGUCGGGGCACAUGCUCGGUGCGUGGGGCCGGCCCGGUCUCCUCACGGCGUCGUCAGCAGAGCGGGGCCUCCCGGUACCMCCGGCACCCCCGACAUGGCCCCCCCGACAGGGAAUGUCGUGGACAGCCAGGCCCCGCGGCUUGUGGCCAACCAGCUGCGCUGGGACCUGACGGCCGAGCAGAUCGAGGCCAUGGCGGCCGAGCUGGCCGAGAGCACCAAGCUCGUGUACGAUCGCGUGGGAGCGCAGGAGAAAGGAGAGGUGUCCUACGAGAACACCCUCAAGGCUUUGGCCGACGUGGAGGUGGAAUACACAGUCCGUAGGAACAUCCUGGAUUUCCCCCAGCACGUGUCCCCGUGCAAGGCCAUCCGCACCGCCAGCACCGAGGCCGACAAGAAGCUGUCAGAGUUUGACGUGGAGAUGAUGCAGCUCUCUGAAUUCUUAAUUCCCAUCGUGGUUUUACAGGAGAAAGCAGAGAGCGCUUCCCUGAAGCCCGAGGCAAAGAGGUACCUGGAGAGGCUGAUCAAGCUGGGCAAAAGGAAYGGGCUCCAUCUCCCUGAGGAGACACAGGAGAAAAUCAAAGCGAUCAAGAAAAAGCUGAGUGUGCUGUGCAUCGAUUUCAACAAGAACCUCAAUGAGGACACCACUUUCCUGCCCUUCUCCAGGGAGGAGUUAGGGGGGCUCCCUGAGGAUUUCCUGAACUCCCUGGAGAAGACAGAGGAUGGGAAGCUGAAAGUCACCCUGAAGUACCCACACUACUUCCCACUGCUCAAGAAGUGCUACGUGCCCGAGACCAGGAGGAAGGUGGAGGAGAUGUUCAACUCCAGGUGCAAAGAGGAGAACUGCCUGAUCCUGAAGGAGCUGGUGGAUCUGAGGGCUCAGAAAGCCGAUCUGCUGGGCUUCAGCACCCACGCCGACUUYGUGCUGGAGAUGAACAUGGCCAAGAGCAGCCAGACGGUGGCCACCUUCCUGGAUGAGCUGGCCCAAAAGCUGAAACCCCUGGGGGAGAAGGAGCGAGCYGUGAUCCUGGACCUGAAGAAGAAAGAGUGCGAGAAGCGCGGGCUGGAGUUCGACAACCGCAUCAACGCCUGGGACAUGCGCUACUACAUGAACCAGGUGGAGGAGACCAAGUACAGCGUGGACCAGAACCUGCUCAAGGAGUAUUUCCCCAUGCAGGUGGUCACCACRGGGCUCCUGGCCAUCUACCAGGAGCUGCUGGGCCUCACCUUCCACCUGGAGGAGAAGGCUCAGGUGUGGCAYGAGGAYGUGCAGCUCUACACGGUGAAGGACRCGUCCUCCGGGGAAACCAUCGGGAAGUUCUACCUGGAUYUGUACCCUCGGGAAGGCAAAUACGGCCACGCCGCCUGCUUCGGCCUCCAGCCCGGCUGCCUCUUGCCCGACUCCAGCCGCCAAAUCUCGGUGGCCGCCAUGGUGGCCAAUUUCACCAAGCCCACGCCGGACGCCCCUUCCCUGCUGCAGCACGACGAGGUGGAGACCUAUUUCCACGAAUUUGGGCACGUCAUGCACCAGCUGUGCUCUCAGGCCGAGUUUGCCAUGUUCAGCGGGACACACGUGGAGCGGGAUUUYGUGGAGGCGCCGUCCCAGAUGUUGGAGAAUUGGGUGUGGGAGAAGGAGCCGCUGCUGCGCAUGUCCAGACACUACAAAACGGGGAGCCCCAUCCCCGACGAGCUGCUGGAGAAGCUCAUUAAAUCGCGGCAGGCAAACACAGGGCUCUUCAAYCUUCGCCAAAUCGUCCUGGCCAAGGURGACCAGGCUCUGCACACCCAGACCAAGGCUGACCCCGUGGAGGUGUUUGCCCGGCUCUGCGAAGAGGUGCUGGGUGUCCCUGCCACCCCAGGUACCAACAUGCCRGCCACCUUUGGCCACCUGGCCGGGGGCUACGAUGCCCAGUACUAUGGCUACCUCUGGAGCGAGGUGUACUCCAUGGACAUGUUCCACACCCGCUUCAAGCAGGAGGGAAUCAUGAACUGCAAGGUGGGCAUGGAUUACAGGAAGUGCAUCCUGCAUCCCGGCGGCUCCGUGGACGCCUCGGACAUGCUGAGGAGGUUCCUGGGYCGGGAGCCCAAGCAGGACGCCUUCCUGGCCAGCAAGGGACUCAAGGUGGACGGCGACUCGGUGCCCUCGGCCUGAGGCGCUGCCCGCCCGCUCURUCGGGGGAAGCUCCUGCCCACGCACUGCCCUCGCCCGGUUCCUGUCACCAAACACCCCCUGGGCCACCCCAGCCUGCAGCUGUCCCCUCCAGGGUCCCGUUCCCAGCCCCUCCUGGGCUUU